AUGUCCAAGUUCACUCACUGCAAAACUGCCUGGCGCAAGUUUAUUCAGCCUUUGAACGAAAAGCCUGAACCUGAUAAGAAUGAGUCAACGCCUUUAGUUACUCCACGACAACCGAAAGAGAAUGAGAGUCUUGGUAAGAUUCGAAUGGAUAGAGCUCCAUACAGUAAGGAUCAAGUAACUCCAUUCUCAUGGUCCUAUAACUGA